UUCAUGUGUGCCACUAUUUGCUUGAGAUAAAUCAAUCGAAACACAUCAAUAUCAAAACAAAAACGAAAGUAGGGUUUUUCCAUUCAGAAUACAUGAAAUGCAUAAACUUUAAGGACACGUAGUUUAAAAAUGGCUGGAGUGGAAGAUGUUGAUAUUGAGCCAAGGGAAAAAGAAUUUGAGAAGGUUAAGGAAAGAAACACAGACUUGUUGAUACAAAUUGCACAGUUAUGUAACAGGCCAGACCGCACCUAUCCAGAAGUGGUGUUUCUUCUUGGGACACCAGGGGCGGGAAAAAGCGCAAUGGUAAACACCAUGGUUAAGGCCCUCUGUGGAAAGUAUUAUUCAAAGGCGUUGACAGGAAAAGGACAAGCUCAAACCAAGACGCUUACUCUCCAAAGCUUUGUUCAGUGCGGGAUAAAAAAGUACGAUAUGGAGCCGCUCGAAAAAGAUAUACUUAAAAAAGGUCUGAGUAAACUGCCAACUAUUAUAGACGCAGCAGGGAAAGGAGAUGAAGAUUCGGGCCGUUUAAAGGAGAUUCUUAGGGCAUACUUUGGAGGCUAUGUCUCGCCUGGAACCUCGAUUCAGUUUUUAGACGAUAAGCAAAGCGAACAUGGUAUUGGAUCAUUACAAGACCAUUUAGAAUGUUCCGACGAAAAUAAAGUCACAAAGGUGAUUUUUGUUGCCAGCUGCCAAGAAUCCUUUCCGGGAAACUUGGUGGAUUGCCUUCAAUCAGUUUUGCGAGAGUAUGAUGAUCGAAGUGGGAAGCCAAAAUAUCCAGUUGACGUCUUCGUUGUAAUAACAAAGUACGAUCUGGUUCAUGACCAAAAGCUUUAUGAGGCACAAACUACGGGAGAAAAGAUUGUUACAGAAGAGGUCUUCAAAAAGUUUGAGGCAAAGGUUGCUAACCAUUUCAGCAUGGAAGGGUCAAUGGAAAGCAACUGUUUUCGAUGGGUCAGUUAUGUUGAUGGGCAUGGCUCCGACAAUCCUUAUAUUGACAACAUUGCACUUAGGUUCAUUGAAAAGAUGAUGCACCUCAGACGGGGUCAUGAUUAUGGGAAACCAACCAAGAAAGCAGCAGCAAGCAAACUUAAAUCAAAGAAAGAGUCUAGAGAUAUGGAAAUAGAUGGAAAUUGGAACGGUGCGAUCACAUUUGGUGUUGUAGUGGUGAUUCUGGCUAUCAUGAUUUACUAUUUGCUUACAAAGAGAGCAUACUAGAGGAUUGCCCUUUUGAUUUCCUCGCCAAAAGAUGCCAACCGACUAUAUUGUGGUCAGAUUCCGGAAGCCAGAUGUAACAAAAAUACAUGUAACUGACUUGCAUGAAAUGACAAUAAAUUGAAAUUAGACAACGCAUAAACGUUUUACCAAAACUCAUAAAAGGUUCAUUCAUCCUUUAUUUACAUAUGUAUUGAUCUGAGUUACCUGAAUAUUUUAAGGAUAACACCAGGACAAUAUAUGUGAAUGGAAUUUUGACAAAGAUUCAUGACAAAGUGCCAUGUUGUUAAUUAAUCAAUAAAUACAUAUACUAAUGACUAUAAGUAAACAUAUAUACUUUUUUACUAUAAAAGUUUUGUUGGAAUCUGGUGUCACACACUUAAGUCCCGUUUUACAUCAAUGCUGUAAGCUGUUUUGCCUUUCUAUGUAGACAGGUUAACUUCACCAAAGCAGUACGUUUUGUUAUGUCACUUGUGCUGUCCAUGUAUUUGUAAUUAGUUAAGUCCAUGUAAACUUCAUGUAUGUACAAUCCUUUGUAUGAGGUCAUGUUUUAAACUGGUUUCAUAUAUUUAAGAUACAAUUUCAUUGUUCGAUAUGUAUAUCCUCACCUCUCUAGACUAACUUCCUGUUUGUCCUCGAACCAUUCAUUACCUAAAUAAACCCCAAAGUAUGAAGGUACAAUUUGUUAUAAAACAUUCAGUUUAAAAUAUAACUGUCUGAGAAGUGUAUCCUCGUGAGUUGUUUUAUGUCACUACAUAGUUUACUUUUAAUUGUUUGUAUUACAUUACAUCUAAGUGUUAAUCCCAUCGUGUUUUCUAAUUUUGUUGUUCCAUUAUUGGGGAGCGGCUAGUGUAUUGUACCUAAUCCUCAAAUUAUUAUGAUGAUGUUAUUAAUUUAACAUUUCUUUUAAAUGAUGAUGUGUGUGUAUUUAUAUAUACACCACCAUUUACAUUGAAAUAUACAAUUUGAACUGAACCGUUAAAUCAAUAACAUCGUGAUAAUAACAUUAGGAUUCAUAAACUUAACCCAUUUCUGUAUAAUUUAAUUCAUCGUUAUGGUUACUGCAUUCAACUUCUACGUUGUUGGUUUACUGUCCUAAAAAAAGUUUUAAGAUUAAUUCUAUGUGAUAUAAAUCGAAUAACAAUGGCAAUUGUGUUGAAAUGUUGCAUGAUUUUGAUAGAGACACCGAGUGUUUGAAUGUUUUGACUUAUAAAUAACAAGUUGAAUUAGAACAAAAUUCAAAAUAUUGUAAUUGAACGUUUUCACAUAAUACUCUUUUUAGAGAAUUUGCUAUAUAUCGUAAUUGUUUUUAAUUUUGUAAAAGCAAAGGCUUUUGGAAAAAUGUUUAAUACUGUUGUUACUGACAUAACAAUGAUAAACUAUUCGCAAACAUGUUUUUUGCUUACUUGUUUUCUGAUUUAAAUCUUGAAUUUUAGUUAUAAUAAAUAUUAUUUUGAUGUAGUGAAUAUAAUUAUUAUGUGUUUGUAUAUAUAUAUACCUGGUACUCAUUGAUAUUGUUUGAUUGUUACUAUGCAUAUAUACACGUUGACGUAAUUUCUUGUUUAUAUAUUGUCUGUCUGUCUGUCUGUCUGUCCGUACGUCCGUCCGUCCGUCCGUCCGUCCGUCCGUCAGUACUGUUUGAUUGUUAAUAUGCAUAUAUACACGUUGACGUAAUUUCUUGUUUAUAUAUUGUCUGUCUGUCUGUCUGUCUGUCUGUCUGUCCGUCCGUCCGUCUGUCCGUCCGCGUCCGUCCGUCCGUCCGUCCGUCCGUCUGUCUGUCUCUGUCUGUCUGUAUGUCUGUAUGUCUGUACAACUACUGGUUUUAAAAAAUUGCUUAUUAUGUCAUGAUCAAAAGUCGUUAACGGUCAAACAUUGUGUGUUAUAUGUCCUGAUAAAUGAGGUGUAACGAAUCUGGCAUAGUGUAUGUUUUAUCAUGAUAAACUGGUGUAAGGGAUCUGACAUAUUGAAUGUUUUGUCAUGUUAGAAAUGUGUUACGAAUUUGGCAUAUUGUAUGUUUUUUCAUGAUUAAGAGGUUUAACACAUCUGACAUAUUGUAUAUUUUUCAUGAUAAACAAGUGUCACAUAUUUGGUAUAUUGUUCGUUUUGUCAUGACAAACAGGAAAAAUGAAUUUGGCAUUUUGUAUGUCUUGUCAUGCUAAUCUUGCAUAUUGUUAUAUUUAUGAAUGAUACAAAGGUGUUGUAAUAUGUCAUAGUAAAUGUUUUGGCAUGGAAAAGAGAUGUUAGGGAUCUGCCAUAUUGUAUGCUUUUGUGUGAUUAAGAUAUUUUACUGCUCUUGCAUAUUGUUUGUUUUUGCAUGAUGAAUCAUACUGUGUUUUUAAGGAUGAUAUAUUGUUAGGAAUCUGUCAAAUUGUUUGUUUUUGCAAAUGAAGGAAAUAUUUUGGUUCGUCAUAUUGUUUGUUUUUGAUAUGAUAAUUAUGUGUUAGGAAACUAUAUAUAGCUACCUUAUUGUGUUUUUUUUACCUGAAAAGAGCGUCUUUAACUCUCGCCUGCGCUUUACCAAUACCAGUGCUGAGAGCGCCCUGUUGCCUCUUAUCGUAAACAACGCCAUAUUGGUAUAUAUUUUAUUGUUAACAUGCUGCCGUCAUUGAAAAGCACUUUAUCUUAAUAUAAUGUCCAAUGAAAUGUGAAACAUUCCUAUAUCGUGGGAUAUUCUCGCAUUUUCUUUGUUCAAUUUUCCAAAAAUAAAAUGGCUAAACAAGUGAUGUAGAAUGCAUGUUGAUCCAGUUUUAGACCACUUAUGAGGAUAGUGAUUUCAAUGACGGAAAUAAUAUUGACAUAUAUUUUAUUAUCUUUUUGACAACAAAUAUUACACUAAUUUCUGUAAAAAGUUUUGAACUUUACAUAAUUUAAAUACAUUUGUAUGACAAAUCUAUCGCAGGAAGUUUAUGUAUUUACAGUGUACAUUUGAAUAAAAAAAACAUAUUGUGUAUACAAUUCA